GUCUAGCGUGGCGAAGGCGCUUCUUCUGCCAACAGGUGCGCCUGGCGCUCUUCGCCGGCUAUAAAGGCAGCUCCGUCUCAGCGAGGCUGGAUCACCGCCGCUCAUUCCUUCAGCACCAUGGAGAGCUCCCGACUGCUGGCCUUGCUAGGGGCCGCCUUGGUGCUGCUGACCAGCGCCGCUUGGGGCCAAGAGGAGGGCGAGCUCCAGCCCAGAGCCGUGGACCUCUACUCCGCCGUGGAGGACACCUCCCGCGAGAAGGAGCUGAUCGAGGCGCUCCAAGAAGUCCUGGAGAAGCUCAAAAGCAAGCGGCUCCCUUUGUACGAGAAGAAGUAUGGCCAAGUCCCCAUGUGUGAUGCCGGAGAGCAGUGUGCACUGAGAAAAGGAGCCAGGAUUGGGAAGCUCUGUGACUGCCCCAGAGGAACCUCUUGUAACACUUUCCUCCUGAAAUGUUUGUAAGGAAACCAUCCCGUCAAACCAUUGAAGAACGGAAAAGAACCAGAUGCUUUGCCUGAAGAAUUUUGCUUGUGACAUCAAGUAAAAUUGUGUGUUUUGGGGGUGUAGAAUGGUCUCCCCAACAGCAAACAAAGAAAAAAUAGGGGAAAGAAAGCAGUUAUAACAUGCAACUGUUGCUUUUUGGAUGUCUGAUAUUUUUGGCACCACCAUGUUUUUCUCCAUCUUGCCAUUUGAAUUUCUUAUUUCAUUCUAUGCUCCUUCUUUCCAUUUCAUAUGUACCUAGUGUAGAGAUGGACUGAUAUUUUGAAAACUGUAUUUUUGUAAGUGGAAGGUCAUCAUGAAAAUUAGAUGCAGGCAGGAUACAUGGAUUCAUCUGUCUUUUUUAUAGUUAAUUAUGUGAAAGAGAGGACAAAUGGAAGGGCACAGCAUACUAACUAUAGAAAGGACACCCCUCAUAUGUUCAUUUCUCACCUGUGAAAAAUAUGUAAUGUAUUGUAAGUAAACAUCGGCACUGUUUCCUAAUACCUUUCUGCCAGUUCUUUUGUCUCAGUUUUGUAGAAAUUUCAAAGUGCAUCAUGUUCCCCUUUGGGACAUCAACUGGUAGAAUCAAUAACAAUGGGAGCAAUUUGCAUACUGCAUGUUAGGUUUAAUGGAAGUGACAAGUGGAGUCUAAAAAUACCUUUCAAAGACGUAAAUAUUCCCAUUUCAAAAGGUAAUGAUCUGUAUUAUGUAGUCAGUUGUCAAGACAGUGAUUGAGUAGUGUGAAAACUUCAAGGGAGGCAUCUAGGUUGGUCAACCGCCCCUUCUCAUCAAUACAUGCUCUGCUUUUGUGCCUGUUUCUUGGCUAUUGAUGUUGGUGGUUUGAAAGCGGUUUUAUACAGACGUCAUGUUUGGAUGAGCUAGAGAAUGUUUUUAAAAAGCUGAAACAAUUGGAAGGAUUUUAAAUUAAAAAAACAGAGCCAAACUAAGCUUCCAGGGAGCCAGAAAAAGAAGAGAGGAUUAUUUUGCUACUGAUCUUCUUUUCCUUAUCUAAUUGCCCCCUUUGACUGUUGUGGUUCUGUUGUGAUGAUGAUAUCAUUUUGGUUUUGGAUGUAAGGAACGGUUCUAUCAGAAGGAAAAGCACUCUAAUAGAUGCAUCUUUGGCCGUUGUCCAGAAGGGGUUGUUUUAAAGACCCAAUGCAGCUAAUCAGUGCAAACAGCUCAUCCAGUAAAUUGAUUUCUGUGUUAAACUUUGGCAAAGGACUGAAAAUUAUCAUGCCAAGUGUCAGAAGUGCCAAGUUGUUCACAUGGCAGCAUGAAGAGCCACAACACUGAAGUUGUACAAAAUCCUAUGAAAUAUAGGCAAUUUUGUUGAUACUUGCUAUAUUUAUUUAUUUAUUCAUUUAUUUAAAGUAUUUAUAUUCUGCCCUUCUCACCCCGAAGGGGACUCAUGGCGGAGCACAACACAUAUAUAGCAAACAUUCAAUGCCAGAGUAAAACAAACUAAUAAUAUACACAAACAUUAAAAUCAGUUGUAUCCACUUUAAAAUCAAAUUGUUACUUUUGAUGUUUUCAGUAAGGCACCUGACACACAGCAUGUCCCUUAGAGAAGGAUAGGAAUUGUGCAACUUCACAUGUGUCGUUGAACUUCAACUCCCAGCAUCUUUAAACAACAUAGUCAAUUGUGAGGAUUGUUGAGAAAUGCAGUUGAAUAACAUCUGGAGGGCCUCACAAUUCUCAUUGUUGCCUUAGAUAGACAUAAUCUUUGUCCUGACACUCUCAUAAUUCUCAUUCUCAUUUCUGUUUAUGUAUACAGAGGCACGUUUUUAUCAUUGCGAUAAGUGGGAAUAUUACAUGCGAAGUAGGUGUAUGUAUGGCUCAACUGGUCGGGGUCUAGAAUUUGAAACAGGUCACCUAUGUACUUUUGUAAUAAACAAUGUACAAUUCAUGCAUCUAAAUGUUUUUCAAUAAUGUCUCGUUGUCUUUAAAACUUGUAUUUAUUGUUAAUAAAAUCAUUGCUACAAGA